GUACAAAUCUUCACCCUCGGGAGUAUCAAGUGCCUCUAAUCGUGUUGAGUUUUUGUUAAUCUGGCGCAUAUUGGAAGACGCAUCCUGCAUCUAUACCCAGAGAUAUCUGCUCCUAAAACCAAUUGUCAUCGUCAUGUCCACUUCCUCGUCACAUCCAUCCGAUGAACCACCAAUCCGAGACCAAGUUCAGUCCUACAUCUACGACCUUCAAGAACGUAUCGUGACGGCUCUCGAAGCAAUUCCCUCCCCAUCCUCAUCCGCACUACCACUGAAGUUCAACAAACGAGAAUGGACGAGGGAAGAAGGCGGAGGUGGGAUUGCGUAUACGACGAGUCCUACUCCGGCUUCAUACUCCACAGAAACGAGCGCGGUAGGAUGGAUGGAGAAGGGCGCGGUGAACGUUUCGAUGAUACAUGGGAUGCUAAGUCCGCCGGCGAUAAAGCAGAUGAGCACUGAGCAUGCUGCGUUAAGGGACGAGGAGUUAUCGAAGGCCCCUCUUCCGUUCUUCGCAGGUGGCAUUAGCAUUAUCCUCCACCCACGCAAUCCACAUGUCCCCUCCGUCCACGCGAACUACCGCUACAUGGAGAUCACUUCUCCAUCUUCCUCCUCGUCCACCACCGCCACCUCAUCCGAUCCAAAAUCACCUCCACCACAGCAGCAACCUCUGACUUGGUGGUUCGGCUUCAUAACCGACCUCACUCCGACCUACGCCCACACGCCCCACUUCACCCACUUCCACAAAACCCUCAAAUCCACCCUCGAUGCACACUCCCCGAUCCUUUAUCCUGCAUUCAAAAAGUCCUGCGAUGACUACUUUUGGAUCGAGCAUCGGAAGGAGCAUAGAGGUGUCGGAGGCGUCAGGGUCGACAAUUUCGGAGAGGGGCCGCAUGCAUAUUUUCCGGACGAAGGGAAGGAGGGUAGCGAAUGGAAGAGGCCGAGGACGAAGGAAGGGUUGUUCAAGAUGUUGAAAGACGUUGGAGACGCGUUUUUACCAUCAUAUAUCCCCAUUCUCACCGACCUCGCGCUCUCGCCUUCGCCCACCCUCGGCCUCUCCACCCUCGCCACGCCGUGGACCCCGCAGCAAAAGAGAUGGCAAUUGAUUCGACGAGGCCGUUCCAUCGAGUUUACGCUGGUUUAUGAGAGGGGAACGAAGUUUGGGUUGGCGGCGAAGGGUGUGAAUGUGGAGAAUGUGUUGGCGAGUAUGCCGGAGGCGGCGGGGUGGGAGUAUUGUAGUGAGCUAGGGAACGAUUGGGAGGGUGAGGACGAAGAGAAGAUAAGUGAAGAGGGAAAGAUGGUUAGGAUCCUGAAGGGGAAACCGAUGGCCUGGGCGGAGUGAACGGGAAGAAUACAUUUUAUAUUAUAUAGCGCAACGAGGUUGGAGAUUAGAAGGCCAUGGAGCGGUUGAGAUU